UAUGUUCACUCCACAAGACGAACACACUGGACGGAGCAGAGGAGAGCAGUCGAGUAGUCGACGCCUUCGCCGCUUCGGUGACGGGAUCGACAGCCGACAGCUGGGUGACGGUUUGCCCCGGGAACGGGGCGCGGCUGCAUCGGCAAGCAGUUCGGCAGCGACGGGGGCGCGGGGCGGGCGCCUUGCUGCCUUGCUGGGUGGAGUAGCGAGGGUUGGAAGCAGUAGUCGCGGCCGCGGAGCACAACGAGAAGGCGGUGGCAUCCAGCAGGCACCAUCAGAAAACUAUAUGGCUUUGCAACCUUGGAGCAAUAAUGGCCAUAGAAAUUCCCCUUCCAAUUCAUUAGCUGGAGGAGUUCCUGGACCCAUGCAUCUGCUCCCUUCCCAGGAGGAGCUUGCAGUUCGUUGUGAAGAAAUUCGUAGAAUUGCUGCUGAUAAUACUCUUGUGCUAGAGGAUAUUCUGGGCCUUAGGCAAGAAUUAGCCGUCAUUGAAGACGAUAUCAUGCUUACCAAACAAACCAUUCCCAGACUUCGUCUUGAUAAUGAAAUGGAAUACAGGGAUAUUAUCCAGGGAGGCAUGCAAUUAGAGGAACAGAUGCGUGCUCUUAAACCUAUCAAGGCAGAAGUGUUGCUCCUAAGUUCUGAAAAGAUGGAGUUGGAAGCUUUGUGCAAAGAGCUAUCUGUGAAGGUCCAGUCAUUGUACAGGGAGCUGGAGCAGAUCCGAUCCGAGAACAAGCAGAUACCUGCUAUAAGAGAAGGGCUGCAUGAUAUACAAGAGGAGAUUUUGAGAGCCAGUUCAUUUCCAGGAUGGAGUAUGAGCAUGAGAAACACGCAAAAAUCAAGCUUCUUGAACAGAAUCAGGCUAUAGAGAGAGAUCUUAUCAACAUAAAGAUGGAAGCACAGAGAUUGCUGUCAGAGCUGGAGAAGAGAAGGUCUGGUGUGUUCAAGCAUCAUGCGUUUGGCUCAUACUAUAACAGAUAGAGCAUGUCACUUGCCAACGCAUCCUCCAACUGAUAGAUGGGCGUCACAACACAAAGUGUAGCUAAGGGUUUGGCGUCUACCAGAAAAGUUAGUCGAAACCAGGACCAAAUGUGUUUCAGUCUUUUGUAUGAUCAGCUGACCAAAUAAUUUGUGAAAAAAUUGCUAUUGCUAUAUCUCAAUAUUAAGUAUUCCCUCCUUUCCGAACUA